UUAAUUUAGUGGAAGCACUCACUCGUUGACAAGCCUCACUUGCCAAACAGGAUUGCGCGAUGCUGUUGUCUCGCUUGCGUUAGAGAGAAAGCAGGGAGACAAUAGCUAAGAAAUCAGAAGCACUCUUGGGGCUCAGGCUCGGCGGCCAAACGGAGCGGGGUGGCCCCUGCCCGCUCUGCCCGAGUCCCUGCUCCUGCCGGCCAAAGGCGGACGCGGCUCCGUGCGGGGCGAGCCGGGCGCUCCGUGCGCGGCGCUGGAGCGGCCAAAGGCGGCCCCGCCCCGCCCGUCCCGCCCCGCCGCGGGCCGGGGCCGGGGCCGAGCGCUCGGGCGGGCGGCGCUCAGGAUGCUCGGGCAGCGCCGCGGGCCGGGCGGGCGCGAUGGAGCCGCCUGAGGGCUGGGAGCCCUACGGGCGGCCGGGCCGGCGCACGCAGCGGCUGCUCAGCGCCCUCGGCCGCCGCUACGGGCUGGAGCGCGGCGUGGAGAACGAGACCGUCGUGCUGGCCGCCGGCCCGGAGCAGCACCUGCAGGAGAUCUUCCAGCGCCUGCACUGCGCCGGGGCGGGCCGCAUCCCCGGCGAGGAGCUCCGCACGCUGUGCCGGGUGCCGGGGCCGCAGGAGGCGGCGGAGCCCGAGCGGUGCGCGGGGCUGUGGGACGGGCUCUCGGCCGAGCUCACCUUCCGCCACUUCCACGCGCGGCUCCGCGGCCACUUCAGCACCCGCGCGGGGCCGCGGCUGCCGCUGGGCCGGGAGAGCGAGCGCAUCGAGAGCCAGAUCCGCCCGCGCAGCCCCCGCCGCCGCCGCGCCCGCCCCGCCGAGCCCGAGCGGCGGCCGCCGGGGCCCUGCUCCCGGGAGCGCUGCCAGGAGACGGUGGCGCUGGAGCGGGCCGAGGAGCGCAUGGCCGAGCUGCUCGAGGAGAAGGGCAGCCUGCGGGAGCUGCUGGAGGACAUGCGGGCCGCCCUGCGGAGCAGCGAUGCGCGGUGCCUGGCGCUGCAGGUGGGACUGCAGAAGAGCCGUGCCAGCCAUAAAGAAGAAGGAUCCUGCUUCAUAGGGAGUAAGAGACCAUUAACACAGAAGCACUGCCAGACCAAGUGCCUCCAAAGUGUCCUGAAGGAAAUGGAGCUCGUGCACAGCUCCAGGGAUGGGCAGAUUGGAGAAGCCAUCAGGUUCAGUCAGGAGCUGGAGAAGGAGCUGAAGAGCUCUCAGGAAGCUCUGGUCAGCCUGGAGGAUUGCAACCGUAACCUGAAGAGGGAGCAGGCAGGGAUGAGGAGGAAGGUGGAAGAGGCCAGACACGCUGUCCUGAACAGUCUUGGCAAAGUGAAGGAGCUGGAAGUGAGAGCUAACGAGGUGCCCCAUCUGCAAGGAUACAUUCAGCAGCUGGAAUCACAACUGCAGCACUACAGGUCAGCAAUGGAGAGGUCCCAGCUUGGCCAGCAGAGCAGCCCCGAGCAGCAGGAGGGAGCAGCCGUGCCCGGGGGCACCCACGGCGUGGCCGUGGCACCGCGGGAUCGCCGCGGCUGCGCCGGCACCGCCCAGCGGGGGGAGCCCUUGGAGGAGCAGGAGGAUGAGCUGUGCCCCAGUGACUGUGCCAAGGAGAUCCCAGCCAGGCCCCCUUGCUGUGCCAGUGGGUGUGAUGAACAGAGGUGGAGGAAGCUCCUGUCCUGCCUGGAGACCAGCAGCACCAAGGGGAAGGACCCUGGGGAGCCCUUGGGGAGAAUCUCCCCCCUCACAGAGCAGCCAGAACUCAAGGGCCACCAAGAGAAAAGACUGGAAACAAACAUGGAAGAGGGGAAAGGCUCCUUGCUCGAGGAGCUGCAGCAGAAGGUGCAGGAGACAGAAAUGCUGAGGAUGGAGCUGCAGAUGGUGGAGACAGAGAGGGUUCGGCUGUCCCUGGUGGAAGAGAAGCUCAUGGAUGUUCUGCAGCUGCUCCAGAAACUCCGAGAUUUGAACAUAUCUAAGCGAGCCUUGGGGAAAAUCCUGCUGAGCACUUUGGAAUCCUGCCAUGACCCCCAGCCUGGCCAAGCCCAGCUGUCUGAAGUGCUGGACACCCUUCAGCAGCAGCUGACAGCCUGUGAACUGCUGCACAAGGAGCCCAUGGAGCAGGCAGAGAGCCCACAGUCCCUGUCCAACCCCCUGGUGAUCUCCUGCUGAGCCCAGCCAGCCCCAGCACAGCUGCAAGGAGGAGGGAGGGACAUUUGUCCAGCUCAGCCACACCUGGACUGGCCAGGAGUGAGGAAAAGGCAAGAGCAUCAGCCUGGGCUGAGCACAGCCCUGCCUUCCUGGACUGCAGAGCCCAACCUGGGGUGCCCUGGGGCUGGACUGGCACCAAACUGUGCCCACUAUCCUCACCUCAUCCAUAUGGAUUUACAGCUCUGCAGAGCUGGGACUGGGCUGGAACAAACCAACUGUGCCCACCACUCACCUGACCCACACAUUCACACUCUGGCCAUGCAGGGGCUGGGCACAGUUUGCAGCCUUUGUGGAAUUCCCACUCCAAAGCCAAGGCAGCCUGUGUCAUCCCUGGAUUUAUUGUCCCUUACUCUGCAAGUGACAAACAGUGAUAAACACAUCCAGGAGUGUGUGCCAGCAGUGCAGGUUUUAAGGGCUCUGUGUUUCUUACUCAUUUAUUCACCUUAUUUAACUCUGAAGCUAGAGUUUUUUAUUGCUCUGCUGAAUUUUAUAUUUGCAAUUACAGAGAUGCCUUAGGAAUAUGCAGCAGCCUUUCCUGACAACAGUCAGAUUUUACAUAAAAAGCUAAAUUUAAAUGCUUGAAGAUGGUCCAAAGCAAUCUUGUUCCCAGGCUCUCAGGGAAAGGAAGGGCUGAAAAAUUCACUUUGCUGUCGUUCAUGCAGUGCACCAGUGACUUCUCAAGUUUCAUUUCCCUCAAUGCAGCUGCUGAGACACAAAAUUAGGCCCCACAUGCAGGUCAAUUAAUAUAAAGAGCUGGGCCUAAUCAUGGUGCCAUGGAAUGUUUUAAUCAGCAAUAAAAUAAUUCCUGGGGCACAAGUAAAAAAAAAAAAAAAAAAAGGUUUCUUCCAAGGUGCUUUUGCUGUGUCAUUCACCUGCCAAACAGAGGCAGAAUUCCUAAAAGAGCCAGAUGAAUUUAUGUUAUUGAAAAAAUGCACUGUGCAUCUUUUAAGAAUGUGAAACAAUUCGCCUGAGAUAAUGCCAGAGAUGAAAUAAGAUCAUUCAUUAUGAAUUUUUUCCCAGGAAAAUGGUUUUUAUACAGGAAUAGGGUCCAAAGUGCAAGCUGGGGAGUAAGAUAUCCAUUGCUUUCCAUUCUGAACACACUGUGUAGCUCACACACACCCCCAUUAAAAAUUAUGGCACCUUUCAGCCACACUGGGAACAAAAAUUUAUAUUAUUUAAAUUCCAUUUUAAAGGAAAGAAAAAAAGGUGUUAUGCAAACAAUGAAACAAAACUCUGUUCAAUGGUGUUUUACCUUAUUGGGUUUUUUUGUGUUCUGGGGUUAUUUUAUGUAUUAGCAGAGGAGAAUUUUAAGAAUAGAUGGAAUAGGUAUGUUGCUAAUGUCCAUUUUUCUUAAAGAUACACUAGACAGGACAUAGAUACAUAGAACAUUAUUCACCCUCUAAGAAAGAAAAGUGUCUCUUAAUGCUAAAUCUAUUACUAACAAGAUACCAGAACAUAAUAUACUAUAUAUAUAUAUGUAUGCUGAGGAUGUACUGAGGUGUAUGUUAGUCUUAUAUCCUACAGAAACAGCCUGAGUUGUGCCUCAGGUGAAAGUUUCAAUGGGCAGAAAUCAGAUCCCUGCUUGGGUUCAUUUGCUGAAAAAACCCAUAAAGUGUCAGUUUUGAUUUUGUGCAGCUCUCUCAGACUUUCCCAGGAAUGAGGCAGAGGUGUAAGGAGGGGAAAAGCCAGGAAAUCAUGAAAUGAGCCUGCUGUGUGUGUUCAGGUGGCAGGUGGGACAUUCAGGAGCAGGAUUCUGAUGCAGGUGCAUCCCUGGCUCUGGAUCCUCAUUUACUCUUGCAGUGUUUGGAUUUGGAACCAUCUGGACCCUUUUUCCUCUUCCCACAUUCCCAAACCUGGCUGUCUAUUUCUCACAGACUUUCCAUUUCCUUAGAUCUGCACAAACUCACUCCUAGUAAUUAACUUUCUAUUAAACCUGCAAACUGAUCCUAAAAGGAAAUCUGGAUAUUUUCUCCCCUGACCUCCACCUCAAAGUUUUUGGGUUUUUUUCCACAAAAAACCUUUCUGAUUUGACUUCAUCCUCAAUGUCCUUUCCCCUCCCAACACCCUCCUCACUUCCCAUUUGGCAAAUUUCUCCCUGGGAUAACCUCUGAGGGGUUCACACUUCCAGCACAAAUUACAUUUUUCAAGGAAAGUUUCCUCUAGCCAUUAUUUUUUAGUUUAUAGGAGUCAUUGACUAUCAGUAAAUUAAAGACCACCUGAUCUCUAAAGUUGUUUAAUAAUUGUCCCACUUAUUUAUGAAGCUGUCUCUGGAGUAUUUGGCUGUGAGGACUCAUCCCAGAUGUUAAACUGAGCCACAGAAUUUUUGCAGCAGUUCAGAGUGGCCCAGUCCAGGCAGAGCUGCUCCCAGGGGUUCAGAGCAUCUGAACAUUUUGGAAGGAAAAACCCUUGGCACCAGCACUUGUGGAAUUAAAACUCCUCCCUUCCAUGAUUCCUUUAAUCUGGUACAUGGUGGUGAAAGGGGCUGGGAUUAGGAAGAAAGGAGCACUUUUGAACAAAAUGGAAUUGCUCAGUGUGAGAGUGACACUAAACCUUCACAGUGCCUGUGACAUGUGGCAUUACCAGCCACAGGGCUUCUCAGAUUUAUAAUUUCAUGGAGUUUAAGUCACUGAAUCCUUUAGUAUUUACAUUGUCUUAUUCUUAAUAAUUUUAUGUAUAAUUCCCCAAAACACAAAAGCUAUAGAGUGUGUUUCCUAGUGUGAAAUUAAAUUAAAAUCAUCCUUACGUCCUUAAUUACACUUCACUUUCAAAAGACUGGGAUUAUUCAGAGGUCUUGGGUUUCUAUUCUACUUUUCUGUCUCUUCUUUUUGCCUCAGCAUGCCAAGAUAGCACAACUUCAUUUUGCCUCCUUAACUUUUUUGGAAUCACCUUGAGGCUGAAAGCAUCACACCCCAAACCUGGGUGGAGGUACCCAUAGAAGAGCUCAGCUCAGCAAAGCAAAAACCCCCUUGUUUUAUGCAGCUCCCUCACUUCUUCACUCAGAAGGGGUGUCUGAAUUACAGCAAAUUUCCCUCAAGGGAGAGUCACUUCUUAAAUGGCAGUAUUUCCUAAAAUUCUUGUAUUUUUCUCACUGUAACCAUUUCAGAUUAUCUGGAGAAUAGAUAGACUUGAUCCCCCACCCAUUUCCAGACUGUAGAACAAAAGAAGAGAAGGAAAAGGCUCAGAGGAUUUCUAAAAUUCCUAAACUGGCUUUUUAGACCCAGUCACCAGCUGGACAGCAAAUUCAAUUCAUGGCCAUUUUCCCUCCUGCCAAUACAACCUUGUUUUUGUCUACUGAAACUCCCAAAAUGAUAGCAGAGUGCCAGAAUCAGCAGGAAAAGGUCUCCUUAUAUUCCCACCUCUGUCAAAACCCACAGCACAGAAUACAGAUUUUAUGUUCAAUAAUAACCCAGGGAAUAAAGCAGAAUUAACUCUGCAUGAAGAGAAGGAUUUGGGGAGAGCUGAGAGCCCUUCCAGGGCUAAAGGGGCUCAGCAGGAGUGGAGAGGGAUUUUCAUGAAGGUGUGGGGUGAGAGGGCAAGGGGGGAUGGCUUUAAGCUGGGAGUGGGGUUAGUUGGGAUGGUGGGAAGAAAUUAUUUACUAUAAGGGUGGUGAGGCACUGGAAUAGAUUGUCCAGAGAGGUUGUGGAUUCCCCUGGGAAUGUUCCCAGAUGGGGCUUGGAGCAACCUGGUCUAGUGGAAGUUGUUCCUGCCCAUGCAGAGCUUGAAGUUCCCUUCCAACACAAACCAUCCUGUGAUUCCAUGAAUAUUCCACAAACUGUGCUGUACUGCUCCUGUGGGCCCUGCUCUACUCAGGGUGUAACUCCACCUCAUCCUCACUGCAGGCAUGGGCAGCCCAAAUUCUUCACUCCAGGCAGCUUCACCUGGGACUCAAACCCCAGGGAGUUCCUGGGUUGCACAAACCAAAUUACAUCCUAAAUUACUUUGGGAUUCUGCCUCAAAGAGCUGUGAGGUAACUUAUCUCUGUCAGGGAGUAAACAAGGACUGCAGGAUGACAUUGAAAAAUUAUCAGCAUUCAAGUGGUUCCACCCACUUUGCACCCUGCAAAGCAGAAAGGUCAUGAGAGCUGAGGGUUUGGGUAUUAUGGUUUGAGAUAAUUUCUGUACUUCAAGGUUUUAUUGUUUGAUAGCCUUGGUUUUUAUGAUUGUUUCUCAUUGAUUUUUUUUUUUUUUUUUUCACAAUUACAAGUGGAAAAACGGUCUCUAACCAAGGUCCAGUCUUCUGUGAGGAAUUUUCUACCUUGUACACUUGCCAGCAACAGAUAAAGAAGAAAAAAUAAGAGAGAGUGAAUAUGUGGAGGCUGAUACAAUUUGACUUAAAAUCCAUUUAGAUAAAAAAACGUUGCUUUUAAAUAAAGAACAUGCAAUACCCA